AUGGCUCUCGACGCGGUCGCACCGCUGCAGGGCUUGGCCCCGGACGCUCCGGAACCCCUUUCCGAUCGUCCGGCCACCGGUCAGAGUCUCUGGCGUCUUUUGCGCAUGGCUUCGGCAGCCACGCUGACCGGUUCCAUCUCCGUCGCCGAGACCGACAAGGAGACAGGCUCGAACUCGGGCGCCGAGCCGUACGUCGACAGCGUCGCGAAGCCGCUCAGGCCGAGAGCAACAUCGACGCCGCUGCUGACACUGACACCACCACCGCCCGAGGUCGAGGUCAACUCGGACGACGUGCUCGGCCAGCGUCGUGCCGACAUGGCUGCCGUGGCCGAGCGCAUCUGGGCACUUUAUGACGCCGGCGUGCCGCUGUACACGCGCGAGGCGCUGCUGGAUAUGGCCCGCCAGCUCAGCUCCAGCAGCAGCGUCCGUGACGGCUCGCGCAACGCGUCCAUUUCCGUCCGUGGAAUCGACGGCGUUCGCGUGCGGCUGUCGACGCAGUCGGGCGCCAUCUCCGAGUCGAACAUCCAUCCGGAUAUCGUGUUGGUGAACAUCCGUCCCGAGAUCCAGUACUGGAACAUCGAGAAGCUCACCGGCAGUGGCCGCUGGCACGUCCGCCACUUUCACCCCGAACACGCCUUUCUGUCACUGCGCAUCAGCCACAGCCGCGAGGCCCGCUACCGCAACCCGGCUAACGGGUCCGUCAGCAUCCAAGGCAGCCGCACGGUCUGUGAUCUGGCCAGCAGUCUUGCCCACGCUGCAGCAUCGGAAACGACACCAACACCAGACGCAGGAGAGCCAGCUGACCCGGUCCCUGUCCCUCUUUGUCCACCCCGCCCUUCGAUUUCGUCAUCGCCCCUCGCUGUGGACGAGACCCGCGCCAUCUUCCGCCAACACAGAGCUGAGUGGGACGCCAGCGAGGCCUGCAAGACGCUGCGGGCCACAUUGGCCGAGGCCUUGACUGCUGCACCCGCCACCGCGCUCGCCGUCCGCAAGAUCGUCGCCUUUGCCUGCGGGUCCAUCGCCGACGCCAGCCCUCGCGAGAUCGGCCGCCAUGCGGUGCAGCACGCCAUGCUGCUGACGGUGCGCGACUUCUUGCAAGACUUUCAGCAGUCCUGCACAGAUCCCGCCUACGACGACGCCGACAUUGCCACGCUGACCGAGCACGGAAUCACCGUGAUCGAGGACCCGCAUGGAUUCCUAGCCGUCGAUGAGUCUGCCAUCGUCAUCGCUGUCGCCCCCAGCGUGCCCGUGCGCCAGAUUGUCGCUGACUUGGCCCGGCCGGCCGCCAUGAUCUGGACCCGCUUGCCGAUUGCCUCCAUUUCGUCUUCUUCACCGUUCAUGUCCAUACCACCAACCCCCCAUGGCAUCGACGACCGCGGUGGCUGGUCAGACCCCCCGUCAUCUCGCGUCAUCGCCAUGGUGCGCGAUGCCUACACCGAAUGGCCGUUUCCCUACGACGUCAAAAACUUCGGCAUAGGCGAGGGCAUGGCCGUGUACGUACGCACAGAAACGAUAUCAAGUAACGGCACGCUGACAGCGGCUGACGACACCCAUCUGGCCGUUGAUAACGGCGCCGGCAGCCUGCUGCAACAGCUGCGACGAAAGCUGUCGUAUCAAUGGAAAGCAUAA